AUGGGUAGUGGCGCGUGCACGUUUAUUUAUAACAGCAGAGUUAAUAAAUGGAGACGUUACCAUAAUGACUCUUUCUCUCAUUCCAUUUCAGAUGUCAUUGGAUAUGUUACUGAGGUUGGUGCGCCAUUUGUAAACGCUUCGGGCUCACGCACAGUCGAAUUCAGUCUAACCAAUGAACGCAAGCGCCAAGUCAGAGUGACACUGUGGGGCCACCUUGGUGAUGUUAUGAUUAAGAGGAAGAGCGAGAACCCACCCAUUUACUCUCUUAUCUUGACUUCCAUGAGCGCGAAGUUCUACCUCGGCACCCUGUGUUUGUCCAGCUCAACAUCGACUGUGCUCAUCGAUUCAGACGAGAUACCUGUGCUCCAGUCUUUCAGGGCAUCCAUCAGCUGUGUUGCCGUCGACGGUACUAGCGAGCCAAUUACCGAGGAUGUAACCUGUGUUGGCACCCUAAGUGAGCUUUUGGACAAGGUGUGUGGCGACAAUAAUAAAAAGAAGGCCGUCCUUUUGAGGAACAAAGCCGAGAUUACAUCCAUCAGAACAAAAAACAGCUGGUAUAUUUUCACGUGCUCUGGCAGCAAGUGUCGUAAGGGCCUCACCCGAGAGGAUGGGUACUUCAUUUGCAAGGCGUGCAAAUCCAAGGUUGAAUAUCGGAGGACAAGGUUUCGAAUUCAGGUGGAUAUUACCGACGGAACCAUGAACACCGUUGUUGUCCUUUUUGAUGAAAUCGCUGAACAGCUGGUUAAAAGGACUGCAAAAUCUCUGGUGGAAGAACAACUACAAGAUACCUCUGUCGAUGCGCCGAUACUACCCUCUGCCCUUCAGUCCCUUAUCAGAACUAAACACACGUUUGAGAUUAAGAGCCAUACAUACUAUCAUUUUGGCGAGUAUGAGAGCUUCAACUGCGCAAAGAUUGUUAGUCCUGCUUCAGACUGCGCAGAUAACGACGUUUGUCCAAACACGCCAUCUGUGCGUGCAAGUUCAACAGAUCCGCUGAAACGUUCUGCACCUGGUCCAUACCCGUUUCCUAAGGCUGCACGCAAGCUUCGAAAGUUUUGUGUGGAAGACUCGGAUGACGAUACUGAAGGGAUGACUCUCGGUCAUAUGGAUCUUACUGGUGUGAUUGAUGAUAUUGAUGAUGGUAAAAAGGCUUCCCAUUGA